CAAUUAAUUUCAUAAUUAAGAAAUCAUAAACACAAAAGGAGGGGCAGAGCAGAGGGAGGAAGAAAGGAUCGUAGAGAAUGUGGGAAUCAAUUGUUUUGACGGUGGUUGCCACCGCCGGCAACAACAUCGGCAAAAUCCUUCAGAAGAAGGGCACGGUCAUUCUUCCCCCUCUCUCUUUCAAGCUCAAGGUCAUAAGGGCAUAUGCUUUGAACACAACCUGGGUGAUAGGUUUUCUAAUGGAUAUAUUUGGGGCACUGUUGAUGCUAAGGGCAUUAGCUCUGGCUCCUGUCUCUGUCAUCCAACCAGUUUCGGGCUGUGGACUGGCAAUUCUUUCGGUCUUUUCUCAUUUUUAUCUGAAGGAAGUCAUGAAUAUUAUUGAUUGGGUGGGCAUUACCUUGGCAGGUUUUGGUACAAUAGGAGUUGGUGCUGGAGGCGAGGAGCAAGAGGCUGCUGCUCUAUCUAUUUUUCACAUACCGUGGCUGGCAUCUGUUGUUUUCAUCUUGUUUUUAUUGCUUAAUGGAUGGCUUCGUAUAUGCAAACGUCAUCGAAGAGAACAAGAGAUGAUGGAAUAUGAUGUUGUUGAGGAAAUUAUUUAUGGCUUGGAGUCUGGAAUUUUGUUUGGGAUGGCAUCUGUAAUAUCUAAAAUGGGGUUUCUGUUCCUGGAGCAAGGCUUCAAUAAGCUGUUGGUUCCUAUUUGCAUCAUGAUAAGUGUGUGCUCAAGUGGUACAGGCUUUUAUUACCAGACACGUGGUCUAAAACAUGGGAGGGCUAUUGUAGUUUCUACAUGUGCAGCUGUGGCAUCAAUUUUGACCGGUGUACUUGCUGGGAUGCUUGCUUUGGGUGAGCGACUACCUUCGGCCCCAAAUGCUCGCCUGUUACUUCUUCUUGGAUGGCUACUUAUUAUUUUUGGUGUGAUUUUACUUGUUGGUUCAACAAAGAUAGUGAGGAUCCUUCGAAAUUCUUCACAACGCCUGAAAAGCAGUGUCGAUAAGAAUUACGGCCCUAGAAGAUCUGGAACUUCCCGUAUUAGGGAACCUAGCCCAACUGCUGUCAUUCAAACAGCAACCUUAAAUCAGUUACUUUCAUCAUCUUCCAAAGAAAAAGCUUGAUUUGACAUGAGCUGGAAAAUGACCCUUGAUCCAUUCUCAGGAUUCAACCUCAUCCCAUAAGAAAGACCCCUUUUGUCAGGCUAGGUUAUUUGUAUACUGUGGCUGCUUUAUCAGAGGGCAUGAAUUUUUGGGGAUCAUUCCUUCUGGUUCACAUAUUUUACAUGAAAAUUUAUUAACUUUCUGACGCCACUUGUAUAAACUAUUCAUGAAUUUCUAAUAUUUCUCAAUACUGUAUAUGAAGAUGGUAUAGCAACAUACACAAUGCUAACAUAGCAUGGAAACAACUUGUAGGCUGCAGUGCAGAACAUGUUUCCUAGUUUCCAAUGCUAAUUUAGUAGCAAUGUUAUUUGAGAACAGGUCUGACUUCAUCCUCUGGAAAUUUUCAUCGGGGCAUAGGGGCUGAUUCUAUCAAAAGGUUACAAGCCCUUUGUAGGAGGGCAACAUAAAGAUGUUUUGAUCCUGACAAUUAUAUGAGGGAGUUUACUUUUGACUUUUCUAAAGUGAGAUGGUGUAAAGUGAAAAAUAAUGGUAUAUUUCCUUUUGAUUUAAAGUUGAGAUUGUGAGGUGUUUUGAUUUAAAUCAAGAGUAGAUAUAUUGUUGUUGCCUUUUCAGUUUACAUAUUCUUUUACCUUUUUUUUUUUUCCCUUGAUGGUUGCACUUUCUUUUACUUUA